AUGUGUGAGGCGGGCGAGGACUACGGGGACCCCGCGCCCGAGGGGCCGCCGCCGCGCCCGAGCCCUGGGCAGCGCUGUGUCAAGUGCAAGGAGGAGCUGCCGGUGGUGGUGAUCCGCGCGGGAGACGCCUUCUGCAGGGGCUGCUUCAAGGCCUUGUACACCCACAAGUUCCGGGCCGUGCUGGGCAAGAACCGCGCCAUCUUCCCUGGUGAGAAGGUGCUCCUGGCCUGGUCCGGGGGCCCUUCGUCCAGUUCCAUGGUCUGGCAGGUCUUCGAGGGCCUGAGUCGAGAUUCUGCCAAAAGGUUGCGGUUUGUGCCCGGGGUCGUCCACGUGGACGAGGGCGCGGCCUGCGGCCAGAGCCCCGAGGAGAGGGCGCAGACGCGCACCGCCACGCAGCGCAUCCUGCAGCGCCUAGGCUUCCCCUGGCACGCGGUGGCCUUGGAGGAGGUGCUGGACUUGCCGCCGUCCGUGCUGCGCUGCUCUGCGCGGGAGCCGCCAGGGGCCCAGGGCGCCUACAAGGCAGCCGUGGACACGUUCCUGCAGCAGCAGCGCCGCGGGGGGACUGAGGCUGCGGGGGGCAGCCCCGCCCCGGCCCCAGAGGAGGAGCCGCAGAGCCCACCCCCCACCCAUGACCCCCCGGCCGGGGCCCCCACGGCUGCCCAGACGCAGGCCCUGUCCAAGCUGUUCGGCUCCGUGAGGUCGUUGACGGCCAAGGAGGAGCUUCUGCAGACCCUGCGCACCCACUUGAUCCUGCAUGUGGCCCGGGCCCACGGCUACGCCAAGGUCAUGACGGGGGAGAGCUGCACGCGCCUGGCCAUCAAGCUCAUGACCGGCCUGGCGCUGGGGCGAGGCGCCUUCCUGGCCUGGGACACGGGCUUCUCGGACGAGCGGCACGGCGACGUGGUGGUGCUGCGGCCCAUGCGCGAGCACACGCUCAAGGAGGUCGCCUUCCACAACCACCUGUUCAAGGUCCCCUCCGUCUUCACGCCCGCUGUCGACACCAGGGCCCCCGAGAAGGACAGCGUGCACCGGCUGGUGGAGGCCUUCGUGCUGCGGCUGCAGGCCCGGUUUCCCUCCACCGUCAGCACUGUGUACAGGACAAGUGAGAAGCUGCUCAAGGCCCCCAGGGACGCCCGUGCCCCUCUGGCCCCUGUGCCCUGCUGCCUGCUCUGCUCCUGCCCCUUGGACAUCGACACCGCUGGCAGUGCCACGGCCUUUGGCGCCCAGGCUGCCCACCUCUCCCGGAUGCAGGCGGAGGCGCCCGCAGCAACGUGUGCUUGUGCAGGGGCGGCCGGGCUCUGUGGGAGGGAGGAGCCUGGCACCUGCCUCAUGGAGCAGCUGUGCUACAGCUGUCGGGUCACCAUGAAGGACGUGCCCUCCCUGGAGCCCUUGCCACCCUACAUCCUGGCCGAGGCCCAGCUCCGCAGCCAGGGGGAGGUGCCGCUCCUGGGGUGCCAGGAGAGCCUGCCUGCCGGGCCCUCCCCACCGUGCGCCUCUCCCGGGGCCGGGCCUGCGGGGCCUCCCUGCGCAUGUCUCCUCGGCGACGGGCAGACGGAGCCGGACGUGGCGCGAGCUGAGGCCGCCCAGGGCCGGGGCUGCGGUGGGAAGUCAGGGACGGCACCCAGCUGAUUCUCCGUUUGUAUAAAUAAAACGUUUUUAAUUAGAAAAUUCUACAGUACGUGUGGGGGAGGCCGGGCCCCGGGCCGCAGGCGGCGGAGGACAGCAGUCCUG